AUGGCCGUGUCCAAGUUCCGCGCGCGAAAGCACAAGGUGCUGCACUCAGUGUUCGACGCUGAGAUCUCGCAACCCACGCCCUUGCUCCCGUCGACUGAGCCAGGCGAGCCCUUUGGUGGACCACCACCACCCCCCUCUGCGCUUGCCACUGAUGCUGCCGCCCCCAGGCUUCAUGAGGGGCUCAUGAGCGACCAGGUGCAAUGGGACCGCGCAUGGCAUGUAGUCACGUCUCGCAUACAGCUGCCCUCAUCGGUGGCCAUUGAAGACUCCUUCGGGACACUCGCGCCCGAGUCGCAGGAACACGAUGACGUCUUCAACUCAGCUGUUGCUCUGCUCGUCGACCCCCGCUCGACCGUGCCUCUCGCGCCUCAUACGGAGGACAUACUCUCCUGGCAUACUCAUCAAGUCCGACAACACUUUGUCAACCAUGUCCUGCCCCUGCUCUCGGCAUGCUCCAGCCAGGGAAGUCAUGACCAGGCGCUGCUGGCGAGCAUUCGCACCCUCGAGGCGGCUCAUCGCCAGUACCUCUACGGACUGUCGCUGAUCGUGCGUGGCUACGCCAGCGAAUCAUGUGCUCACCAUGCAAUGCUGCGCUUUAGACGGGAUCUCCAUGCCAUCAUAGGUAGCUCUUGGACUUCAGGCCUCCAGAAUGCCCUGCGCCAGGUCCUGAGUAGGCUCAUAGUCAGCAUUGUGUGUGUCGACGGUGCGGGCCCAGGCUCACUUCAGAAUGUGGGCCUGGCGGGGGAGAAGUUCCAAGCUCUGCUGGCCGAGAUCAUGGAUUCUUGUAUGCAGAGUCACAUCUACAAGACUUAUCACGGUGUAUGGUCUGAGCCCCGAGGAGAAGUUCUGACCGCCGUGCCGGCCGCUGCGAUGCUCACCGGGUGUAUGGCUGACUUGCGCGAAUGGAUCGAAAAUAGAUACGGCCAACUUGCUGUACUCGUCUUCAACAGACUCGGACUCCAGGUCGCGUAUGGCGAUGUCGAGUGCUGGAAGGAGAUUGGAAUCGGACGUCUAGUCUCGCUCCGCAUACAGGAGCUCUUUGACAUUGUCCUGCGCUGGCCUCACAGCAAAGGAGGUGCCAAUGACUUGCGCGCGGCGGUGACGACACCCGAGCGCCGUCUGCAACUGACAGACGUUUUCUCUGCGACUCUACAAAAGAGACUGCUGAACCCGGGCCGCUCGACGCUGUCGAUCUUACAGACGUACAUUUCUAUGAUCCGGACAUUCCAUGCACUAGAUCCCUCCAAGGUGCUUCUCGAUCGGGUGGUCCAGGCCUUGCAGCUCUAUCUGUGCCAGCGAGACGACGCGAUCCGCAUUGUCGUUACGGGUCUUCUUUCUAAUCCCAAGGAUCUCAGCGAGGAGGAGAGCGAGAAGAGACUGGUGGAACUGGCUACUAUUCUGAAUGACCCAGCCCAGCAACAGCGCCGCCAGAUCGAGGGCGACGAUGCUGACUGGAACGACAUGUCCUGGAUACCCGAUCCCGUGGACGCAGGAGUCAACUACAAGCGACCCAAGAACGAAGACGUCAUCGGCACACUGAUCAGUGCCCUGGGGUCUCAGGAAAUCUUCAUCAAGGAGUUCCAGGCCAUUAUUGCCGAACGCCUCCUGUCGAACCAGACGAGUUAUCAACAGGAGCUCAGAGUGCUGGGCCUGCUCAAAAGGAGGUUCGGCGAGCCUGCACUGCAAAAUUGCGAUGUCAUGAUGAAGGACGUCCAAGACUCGCGUCGCUUGGAUGCGAUUCUCGCUCAGCGCCUUGAGCCAACCUUGGAUGCAGAUGGUCAUUCGCUUGGCUUCCACUCCAAGAUCCUAUCCAGGCUGUUCUGGCCCAGUAUGCCAAAGGAAUCAUUUGCCGUGCCAAAGCCUGUCGCAGCGCUGCAGGAGCAGUAUGCGGCUGGUUUUGAACGAGUCAAGAACGCUCGGAAGCUCAACUGGCUCGAUCAUCUGGGCCUGGCUACUGUACAUCUCGAGCUGGAGGACCGCACCAUCGACAUGGAAUGCAGAACAUUCGAGGCAGCCGUCAUCUUUGCCUUUGACCAAGGGAGCGAGCCGGCUCCGGUACAGAAAACAUUCGAUGAGAUAUGGCUGCAACUCACCAUUGACGAAGAUCUGCUCGACGCUGCUCUCACGUUUUGGCAGGCACAAAAGGUUCUCAAGGACAUUGGCGAUAGAACCUACAUUGUCAUGGAACGCCUCGAUGACGAGAGCCCAGGCGAUGAUCCCGACACGACUUUCGAUGGCAGUCGGCAGCCUACUUCGGCGCACAAGGCUAAGGGUGUCAGUGCGCAGGAACAGCAGCGCCAGGCGGUCUACUGGCAAUUUGUCGUUGGCAUGCUGACCAACGGCGGGCCCAAGCCGUUGGCCGGUAUUCUCACCAUGAUGAAGAUGCUGAUUCCGGGUGGAUGCACGUGGUCAAGCGAGGAGUUGCAGCAGUUUAUGAACGAAAAGGUUUCUGAGGGCAAUAUUGAGCUCGUGGGCGGAAAGUACCGCAUCCCUAAGAAGUGA